ACCUCAAAAUGUCUCCGUUCGUUGCUGCCAUCUUUCUGCUUGGCCUUUCCCUUGCCAACGCCAUCAACUUCACAACCGUCUACGAGUGGGAAACAUUCGAUUUCACGUGGCCACCAGAAUCGGACACUUCAAAUGGACGGAUCAGACAAAAUUUUAAUCCGACGCAUGUUCAUCUCGAAUACAUGGCUGUUUUCGGAGAAAGACUCUUUCUAAGCUUUGAUAUAGAUUACGGAAUUCCCGGCACUUUGGUGUGGCUGCCAAAGAGUGACACGUCGACUGCAUCUCCAAUGCUUCAGCCUUUUCCUUCCUUGAAUUUACACAAAAAAGAAAACUGCGAUACUAUUCAGUGGACCAGAGGUGUCGAAGCGGACCCUGAAGGUCGGUUGUGGGUGCUUGAUAAAGGUAGCGGCAGAUGUCCAAGCAAACUUUGGAUUUUCGACCUGGUCAACAACGACACGACCGACCGCGUUCACCAAUUUCCGGACGCAGUCGUCUCUCAUUCGUAUUAUGGAAGGGAGCUGCGUGAUAUCGUGCUGGACAAAACGCCAGACGAUUAUCUUGCGUACAUCACGGACAUUGAAGCAAAUCACAUCGUCGUUUACAGCAGAAAAAUGGACAAAUCCUGGUCAGUUGGAACUCCAGAGAGAGCAUGGAAAUCGUUGGCCCUCUCUCCUAACAAGGGGCAGUUGUACCUUUCAAGAUAUGGUUCCAAUGAACUGUAUUCGGUGUCUGUUUCUGAGCUGAAGAAUGGAGGCGGAAGCGCUGGUUGGAAAUUCAUCGGCAGAUGGACUGCAAGCCCGUACAGAAUGUUGAUCGACAGCGCCAAUGUCUUGUACGCCGCCUUUUCAUACCAGAGCGAACCCUACCUGUCCACAUGGAAUAUAUCCGAGCCCUUUCUCGAGCAGCGCUUUCAUGAGGUCGGAACACUGGAUGCUGAUUGGCCAUUUACUUUUGCUUUGGACACGAACGGCACUUUCUGGAUGACGCAGAGAAAUGAAACUCAGGGCAAAUAUAAUUCUAGGCAUAAACUUCUCAAGGCUGCAGUCAGCGCAAGAUCGUAUCUAUUCGGCUCGUCCAAAGACUUGUCAUUGCGUGGCUGAUCCUGAAAAUGAGAAGAAUGCCGACGUUUUCCAGACACAUUUCGAUGGACAACUUCCUUUUCCCGGACAACAAACAGAGUCUUUUACUGAGACAACUAUAAAAUAAAAGUGUGUUGCAUUUUAAUUGAGGGUUAAUUAAAAAAACGUUUUAUUGUUUAUCUUCUUUUUUAUCAGAAUAAUCUUUUAUUUGUUGCAGUUUUUUAGCUAAAUAAAAAUAUAUAAUUGCUUCAUUCCCUAUAUAAUUAAA